CGCACUCAAUUUUGUUUUAACAAAUCCUCCAGUGUGGUUUUUCGUCACCAAAUGGACAUUCAAGCAAUUAUUCAACUUUAAACCAGUUCUUGACGUGAUGAUUUGCUAAAUUGCCUAAAAGAACGUUAUUCAAUGCAAGGGCGACGCUGUUAGUUCGCAUUCAGCUGCCGAGUGUUACGCACAAGCCCGGACGUACUUAUCAUGGCCAGCAGUGUUUUUAACCGUGUGUUAUCAAUUCAAAGCCAUGUCGUACAUGGACAUGUGGGAAACAAGAGUGCCGUGUUUCCGCUUCAGGUGCUCGGCUUUGAGGUAGAUCAAAUCAAUUCGGUACAAUUUUCAAACCACACCGGUUACAAGAACGGUUUCAAGGGGCAAGUGUUGAACGAGAAAGAACUGGCGGACGUUUACGGUGGACUGGUGGACAAUGAUUUGCACAAACUCUACACACAUCUGCUCACUGGAUACGUCGGCAACCCGGCGUUCCUCCGCGAGAUCGCAACCAUUCUCAAAUCGCUUCGAAGCGUGAACGAGAAGCUAAUUUAUGUAUGCGAUCCGGUGAUGGGAGACGAUGGCAUAAUGUACGUGCCGAAGGAAUUGCUGCCGAUUUAUCGCGAUGAAAUUGUCCCGCUCGCUGACAUCAUUACGCCGAACCAGUACGAAGUAGAGCUGCUCACUGGAAAGCAGAUCAAGACGGAAACGGACAUUUGGAAUGCGAUGCAAUGGUUCCACGAAAAGGGUGUCAGAACGGUUGCGAUUUCGUCGUCGGAGUUGGGCGCGAGUGAGACACUGCUGGCGUACGUCAGUAAUCGUACCAACGCCGGAACGGAAAAGUAUCGACUAAGCAUUCCAAAGCAGGGCAAUAAUGUUAUCCGUUUCACCGGUACGGGUGACCUAUUUGCUUCGCUUUUUCUGGCACACUCGACGCUGACGAACAAUGACAUUGGCGCUACGCUGGAACGCGCAAUUGCUACGUUGCAGGCAGUGAUUACGAAAACGCUAAGCUUCAUUCCGGAACCGGUACUGCAGGGUAAAGUACCCGUUACGUCUCAAGAACGUGAGCUGAAGCUCAUACAAAGCAAGGCCGACAUUGAACAACCGAAGAUUAUUUUAAAAUGUGAAAAGAUGUAAAGACGACGUCGGACGACGGAGUGAACGUAUUUUAUCAACUAUGUGACGAUUUUGACAAUACUGAAUGUUAUUUUUUCGAUGGAUACAUAAUGUACGCAUUUGUUGACCAGGCAACUGGAGUGUUUAAAUAUGUGAAACUUUAGGAAUGUAGUACGGAUUUUAUUGGACUUGCCUUGAUCAUUAUCGUUGUCGUAAUAAGAGCCGCUGUGUGCAAUAUACAUAAAGACAGUCUGGAAUGAUAAUAACGUGAAAGCAUGCAACAUUGUUGCACAGUAACCAUGAUAAGAACCAUUGACCAAUAAGCAUCUAUUUGUUCAUUCUUAUUUGCUAUUGGUAGCUGAUAAAUCAAACUUACAAUUGUUUUCUUA